GCCCCCAAGUCGGAACAUCAUUCAUCAACAUUGACAACGAUGAGAAAUUCACGAAAUGACAAUCCUGCCUACACUCUCACUGGAAACUCUAUCAUCCGACAGCUGGCACAAUUAUUCUGCCAAAUCAAACACAAUUUUAGGAUAUAAACGCAAGUUGUCUUCCUAGUGUUGCCAUCCUCAGAAUUAGUAUUCGAGAUCCCCCUCCGCAAAUUUCAUAUCACCUCGCACACAUAAUGCGUUUCUCCUUCCUCGUCAUCGUUGUUGCUCUAACAGUAUCUAUGUCUGUCGCUGUUCAGAAGGUUCAUGUACUCCGCGAAACGAGGAUUGCGACGCAGAUAGAGAUUGCUGUAAGGGCCUUGUUUGUGUCUUUUUGCCGUAUACUUCAUACUGCGAUUAUAAAUGAGUCGGCAGAAAAAUUGGCACGUUGCGACAUGACUAGCAAAGGCCACGGUGUAUCGCUCGUGAGCAAUGCAUCUACGGGAUGUUCAGUAGCGACGGAGGAGUUCAGAGCUUGUCCAGAGCCCAAGUCAGCAUCGUGUGGCCAGUUCAAAGAUUCAGAACAUACCCUGGCAUGUAUCUCGCGAAGAUAUGGUUUUUGUCCACUUGGGACCACCAUGAAGCAUGCCACAUUGCACCACGCUAACAUCGAGUUCGAAGAUGACUUCAAGAAACACCUUCCUCGACUGCAAAUAGAUCAUCCGUUGUCUGAGAGUGAUGGUCCGGGCACUUCGUCUAGGAACAACUGA